AUGUCAGAGUUUCAGAAGGUGCAGAAGGAGCUGACCGCAUUCAAUGCACACUUAGGCGACAUUCGUCACAAGCUCGACUUCCUCUACCGCAUCUGUCAGGGAGGGUCGAUCCUCCUCAAUCCAGCCGCUCUCAUCGGUGCGAUGUUCUUUGCCGGCCAACUUCUCGUCGUCCUGCUGUCAUGUUUAAAGUUGACAUAUAUUUUGAUGUUUAAGUGUUUGCAGAUCACCGAAACACCGGCUGUGCUUUUUGGGCGUGAUCCGUUACUAUUCGCGGCUGUCUGCUAUUUACUAAUAAUGACCCUGGCACAGGACACAGUAGUUGUCCUGCUCUCUCAGGUGGUGUUCUUCGCUUGCGGAUGGCUGUUCUUCAUGAAACAGUUGUUCAGGGACUACGAAGUUGAAUUGAUCAAGGUGCAACUAGUGUUUUCGGUGACGUUCGCUUUGUCUUGUACUAUGUUCGAGUUGAUCAUUUUCGAAAUCAUUGGCUUUUUGGAAAGCAGGUAUGUCUCUGACGUUACGUAGGG